GACUUGUUCAGAGGAAUCUGCGGAGCGAUGGGUGAAGUGUUUACGGUGUGAGAAACAAACUUUCUGCGUGUUUCUGCUUCGAGAAUAAACUCAGAACUUUGACUCAUCUUCUCCUUAGUUCACUCAGAGUUCAGUCGCUCCACCAAACCAAACAUCUGCGGAGUUUCUCGCGUUGUAAGCUCCAGUUAGGAGACUGUUUGUGAAGCUGAAAAUGAGGCUUUAGUGAGGGGGUUGGGGACCGAGCCGAGCCGAGCUCACCCUGUGAAAGUCACCGAGGGGUUGGAUCCUCGGACAGAAAGAAUGAGAGCAUGAAGCGGAUUCUGUGGAUUGUCGUGUUUUUCCUGCAGAACUUUGAAGGAGGCUGUGAGAGCGGUGUGAUCUUCACAAAGAAUCCGUCCAAUCAGACAGUGUCUCAGGGCAACGCUGCACGGCUAGGCUGUGCUGUUCUCGGUGUUACAGAGCCCGAAAUCAUUUGGAUGAAAGAUGGAGAAAAACUUUACAGCACGGAUCAGAUGUUCAUCACGCUGGGAGAGACGCACUGGGAGACCUUCUACAGUGUGAAGUCGGUCCAGCAGCAUGAUGCCGGUCAGUACUGGUGUGAAGUUGAGUUUCAUGGUCUGACGUUCUCUUCUGAACGAGCCUGGAUCACAGUGGAAGGAGUCCCUCACUUCGUGGAGGAGCCACAGGAUGUGGCGACGCUCCCUAACGCUCCCUUUAACCUAACUUGUGUGGCGGUCGGCCCUCCUGAGCCCGUGGAGGUGGUCUGGUGGUUAGGAGGAGUUCAGGAAGGGGAUCCCAGACCGUCCCCCUCAGUCCUCCAUGUCAAAGGUGUAAACAGCAGCGUCAAGUUUUAUUGUGAAGCUAAGAACACAAGGGGGAUCUCAGUCUCCAGAACAGGAAGUGUUCACAUCAAAGUUUUGCCAUUGGCGCCGGUCAAUCUUCAAGUCCUUGGGAUGGUUGACAACAAUGUCACGUUGUCAUGGAAACCAGGAUUCACUGGAUACUCUGACCUUUCAACCUGCAUCAUCCAGCUGUCGUGGCGUUCAGUCCGGAGGUGGGACCUCCCACAGCAGGAGGUGCAGGUUCCUCCUCACCUCCUUGUGGUGUCCGGUCUGAGGAGCCACAGUAACUACAGCGUCAGGGUCUCCUGUGUAAACGAGGUGGGGGCGUCACCUUUCUCCCCCUGGCUGCACCUGCAGACACCUGAAUCAGUUCCGUCUGCGGCUCCAAGGAACUUGACGUUCUCGCUGUCAGAGGAGCAGCUGACUCUGAGCUGGGCGGAGCUACAGCAGGAGGAGCUACAGGGGAGGCUGCUGGCCUACAAGGUGCAGUGGAGUCUGGGAGGAGAACCACAGGAGCCUCUGCUGUUUAAGGAGAACUCAGCUCAACUAUCAGGAGGAGGUCGCUUCUUUAACUCCUCCUUCCAGGUGUCAGCCUGCACCUCCGUGGGUUGUGGACCGUGGGGCCGUCCUGUUUUGGUGCUGCCUGCCUCAGUCCAGGUCCAGGUCCAGCGAAGCCACAUGUGGGUGGGUCUCCUACUCGGCCUCCUGGUGGCAUCCAUGGUUGGCCUCCUGUUGACCGUCCUCGCUCAGCGCCGUGAAAAGGAGACGCAGUUUGGCUCUGUCUUUAAGUCUCCAGGUUCUGAGAGUUCAGUUUCAUUCACGGCGGCGAGAUCUUUCAACAGAAACUGUUCAGAAAUCCCAGAGUCCACACUGGACAGUCUGGGUAUAAACGACGAGCUGAAAAACAAACUGCAGGACGUGUUGAUCCCUGAGAGGCUGCUGUCUCUGGGACACAUGCUGGGAAAAGGUGAGUUCGGGUCAGUGCGGGAGGCGUUCCUGAAGGCAGAGGACUCUUCUGUCCAGAAGGUGGCAGUCAAAGUGCUGAAAUCUGACAUCACUUCGUCAGGUGACAUCGAGCAGUGUCUGAAGGAGGCGGCCUACAUGAAAGACUUUCACCACGUCAACGUCAUCCAGCUCAUCGGAGUGAGUCUUCACCGGCGUCCCGGCCAGCGGCUUCCAAUCCCGAUGGUGGUUCUUCCGUUCAUGAAGCACGGAGACCUGCACACGUUCCUGCUGCUGUCCAGACUGGGAGAGAGUCCGUUCGACCUGUCCUUGCAGACUCUGCUGCGCUUUAUGUUGGACAUCUCUCGGGGGAUGGAGUAUCUGAGCAGCAGGAACAUCAUCCACAGAGACCUCGCUGCCAGAAACUGCAUGCUGGAUGAGAACAUGACGGUGUGUGUUGCAGACUUUGGUCUCUCUAAAAAGAUCUACAGUGGAGAUUAUUACAGACAGGGAUCAGUCUCUAAGCUUCCUGUGAAGUGGAUCGCUCUGGAGAGUCUGAGUGACAACGUCUACACCACACAGAGCGACGUGUGGGCGUUUGGCGUGACGAUGUGGGAGGUGAUGACCCGGGGUCAGACUCCGUACCCUGGCGUAGAAAACUCUGAGAUCUACGAGUUCUUGAUCAAAGGAGAGAGACUGAAGAAACCUCCACACUGCAGGGAUGACGUAUAUGACAUCAUGCACAGCUGCUGGAGUCCCGUCCCUAAAUGUCGUCCCAGUUUCAAACAUUUGGUCGACCAGCUGGAGGCGCUGUGGCUCAGCCUGUGCCCCGCCCAUCCACUAAAGGAACCUCUGCUGUAUGUGAACCUGGAGGGGGACGAGGGGGAACCAGGGGGGGGAGGAGGAGGAGUCAGGGAGGAGCUGACGGCAGCAGGAGCUCCAAGCUGGAAUGAGGCCUGGCAGCACAGGGAGGAGGAGAAAGAGGAGGACUGGAUGAUGCUGGGGUCAGGGGCCGCGCUCGCCAUUGGAGGGGGAGACUACAGAUACAUCAUUGCCCCCCCCUGUGGCCCCCCCGAGGAGGAGCAGGACGAGAGGGGGAGGAGGAGGAGAAGGGAGUCUAUGGACACUUUACAGGAGGAGGAGAAAGAUGAAGAGGAUGAUGUGGUCAUCAAUGUCUGACCAAUCACAGUAUUUCUCCUACUCUCACCUGAUUGGACCAAAUCUCCUAGCUCAGCUGAUCAGAGGGGAAAUUAGUUUAGUGUGAGUGGACAGCAGCAGGCGGGUGGAGAAAUGAAUGAUAACAGCAGCAGGCGGGUGGAGAAAUUAAUGAUAACAGCAGCAGGUGGGUGGAGACAUGAAUGAUAACAGCAGAGGGCAGACAUGAAUGAUAACAGCAGCAGGCGGGAGGAGAUGUAGCGGAACUGAGAGAACUCUGAUAAUACACAAUAACACAUAACAGCAGUGUGUGUGCAGUUUGUACGUACACUAGGAAAAAGACACAUAUGAAACUUUGUGAAACUGAGCCACUUAAACACUGACCUCUCAUUGUUAAUUAGAACUGAUAAUGACACGUUAGCCUAGCUUAGCACAGAGACUGGUUGCAGGUAGAAACUGUUAGCUUGCUAACUGAUGUAGAAUUUCUUAGUCUCGAGGUUCUGAUGUAAUUAUUGAAAUUGUGACUAAUUAAAUGAUUAUGUAGAUUAAUAAUGAAUGUAAAUAAUGUUGAUGUUUCAGACUGAUUUCAAUGCACAGUCUAAAGUUUCCAGCAGCAGAAUGUUUUAAGUUCUUAAUAAAAUCUAUGAUAAAACUUUCACAA